AUGGCAGCUCAACUUGAGAGGGCAGCUAAACUUGAGAGGGCAGCUCAACUUCAGUGUACAGCCCAACUUGAGAGGAAAUCUCAACCUGAGAGGACACCUCAACCUGAGAGGACAGCUCAACUUGAGAGGACAGUCCAUCUCACAACUUGCGAGGACAGCAAAGCUUGCGAGGACAGCAAAGCUUGUGAGGACAGCAAAGCUUGUGAGGACAGCAAAGCUUGUGAGGACAGCACAGCUUGCGAGGACAGCACAGCUUGUGAGGACAGCACAGCUUGCGAGGACAGCACAGCUUGCGAGGACAGCACAGCUUGCGAGGACAGCACAGCCUGCGAGCUCAGCACAGCUUGCGAGGACAGCACUGCUUGUGAGGACAGCACAGCUUGCGAGGGCGGCACAGCUUGCGAGGACGGCACAGCUUACAAAGACGGCACAGCUUGCGAGGACAGCACAGCUUGCGAGGACAGCACAGCUUGCGAGGACAACACAGGUUGUGGGGACAGCACAGCUUGCGUGGACAGCACAGGUUGCGAGGACAGCACGGCUUGCGAGGACAGCACGGCUUGCGAGGACAGCACAGCUUGCGAGGACAGCACAGCUUGCGAGGACAGCACAGCUUGCGAGCUCAGCACAGCUUGCGAGGACAGCACGGCUUGCGAGGACAGCACAGCUUGCGAGGACAGCACAGCUUGCGAGGACAGCACAGCUUCCGAGCUCAGCACAGCUUGCGAGGACAGCACAGCUUGCGAGGACAGCACAGCUUGCGAGGACAGCACAGCUUGCGAGGACAGCACAGCUUGCGAGGACAGGACAACUUGCGAGGACAGCACAGCUUGCGAGGACAGCACAGCUUGCGAGGACAGCACAGCUUGCGAGGUCAGCACACCUUGCGAGGGCUGUACACCUUGCCAGGACAGCACAGCUUGCGAGGACAGCACAGCUUGCGAGGAGAGCACAGCUUGCGAGGACAGCUCAGCUUGCGAGGUCAGCACAGCAUGCGAGGACAGCACAGCUUGCGAGGACAGCACAGCUUGCGAGGACGGCACAGCUUGCGAGGACGGCACAGCUUACAAAGACGGCACAGCUUGCGAGGACAGCACAGCUUGCGAGGACAGCACAGCUUGCGAGGACAACACAGGUUGCGGGGACAGCACAGCUUGCGUGGACAGCACAGGUUGCGAGGACAGCAUUACUUGA